AGCAGGUAUAGAAGAGGAAAACAAAGCUCAGGAUAUCUUUGUUUUGGAAGAUCAGGUGGAUUAAACUGCUUUUUGACAGAUAUUCAAGGGAAAAGAUGGAGAAACUUUCAGAGGAGGGGCAGCAAGAAGUCCAGCAGAAUUGGGUGCAAAAGCUGUUUGAUGUUCGCCCUGAGCUUGUGAAGAGGGUUUCUUUAGAGGUCCUCAUUCAGCUCCUUGAUGGCCUUCGCACAGAUCGUGUUUUUAAUACUUUGGAGAAACAGGGAAUACUUGACGAGAACGCAGCCACAGCAAACAAGGCCCGCUGCAUUAUAGAUGAUGUGAUAAAGAAAGGAGAGGAGGCCUGCAGAAAGAUGAUCCAACGUCUUCAGCUCAUAGAUCCUACAUUAUCAUAUCAGCUGGGUUUGUCCUCUUAUUCUUCUGUUCAGCCACAUGUCAAUGAUCAAUGUCACCAUGACCUUAAAGUGUCUCUGAAGGUAAAGUUUGAAUGUGUCUAUGAAGGCAUUGCUAAAGCUGGAGAGAAAACCUUUAUGGAUGAAAUCUACACAGAGCUCUACAUCACAAAGGGAAAGACUACAAAAGUCAAUGAUGAACAUGAGGUCAGGAUGAUUGCAGCAACAUCCUGGAAAAAAAAUAGACCAGAAACAACAAUCAGGCCAGAAGACAUCUUCCGUACACAUGGAAGAAGGGAUCGGAUCAGAAUUGUGAUGACAAUGGGUGUGGCUGGCAUCGGGAAAACCGUCUUAACACAGAAGUUCACUCUGGACUGGGCUGAAGGCAGAACCAACCAGAACAUCCAGUUCAUAUUUCCAUUCACCUUCAGACAGUUGAAUGUUCUAAAAGAGGAAAAGUUCAGCCUAGUGGGACUGAUUCAUAAACACUUUAAGCCGGUUAGGGAUGCAGGGAUUUGCAGCUUUGAACAAUUCCAGAUUCUGUUCAUCUUAGACGGUCUCGAUGAGAGUCGACUUCUUCUGGACUUCAAGAACAACAUGACUUUGAAUGAUGUGACAGAGUCCACCUCAGUGGAUGUUCUGCUGACUAACCUCAUCAGGGGGGAACUGCUUCCCUCGGCUCUCCUCUGGAUAACCACGCGACCUGCAGCAGCCAGUCAGAUCCCUCCUGAGUGUGUUGGCAUGGUGACAGAGGUCAGAGGUUUCACUGACACACAGAAGGAGGAGUACUUCAGGAAGAGGUGCAAAGAUGAAGAGAAGGUCAGCCGGAUCAUCUCCCAUGUCAAGACAUUAAAAAGUCUCUUCAUUAUGUGUCACAUCCCAGUCUUCUGCUGGAUCACUGCUGAUGUUCUGGAAGGUCUGUUAGAGACCAGAGAUGGAGGAGAUCUGCCCAAGACCCUGACUGGGAUGUACAUCCGCUUCCUGAUGAUUCAGAGUAAAAAGAAGGAAGAAAACUAUCUAAGAGAAAAUGCUGGAGAAGAUGCAGAUAUCAGGAAGAUGGUUCAGUCUCUUGGAAAACUGGCAUUUAAGCAUCUGCUGAAAGGAAACCUGAUCUUCUAUAAACAAGACCUGGAAAAGUGUGGCAUCAACAUCAAAGAUGCUUCCUGGUUCUCAGGGGUGUUCACUGAGGUCUUUAAAGAGGAGAAAGGAAUGGUUGACACCUCAGUCUACUGCUUUGUUCAUCUGAGCUUCCAGGAGUUUCUGGCUGCAGUCUACUUGUUCCAAUGUUUCACCAGUAGGAACACUAAAGUACUCAGGAACUUCUUCGGUUUUUUCUACAUUUGCUCGUCUCUGGAGGAUUUCCUGAAGAGAGUCAUGGAGAAAUCCCUCAGCAGUAAAAAUGGCCACCUGGACCUGUUAGCUCGCUUCCUUCAUGGCCUCUCAGUGGAGUCCAACCAGAGCCUCUUAGGAGGCCUGCUGGGUUGGAGAAAAAACAGUGCAGGAACCAUCAAGAGAGUCAUCAGCAAUCUGACAAAGAUGAACACUGAUGAUGAUAUCUCUCCUGAUAGAAGCAUCAACAUCUUCCACUGUCGUCUGGAGAUGCACGACCUCUCACUUUGUCAUGAGCUCCAGCAGUUAUUGAAAUCAGGGAAGGAGCUCUCAGAGAUCCAGUGCUCAGCUCUGGCCUACAUGCUGCAAAUGAUGGAUGAGGUAUUGGAUGAGUUGGACCUGAAGAAGUACAACGCAUCAGAUGAUGGACGACGUAGACUGGUUCCAGCUGUAAAGAACUGCAGAAAGGCUGUACUUGGUGGCUGUUACCUCUCUGAAACUGAAUGUGAAGUUGUGGCCUCAGCUCUGAAGUCCAACCUUCAUCUGACUGAAGUGGAAAUAGAGAAGAUCUAUGCACGAGGAUCCUUAGAUGACGGUGGAAUUAAGCAGCUGUGUGAGAUACUGGAGAGUUCAGUCUGCAAAGUGAAGAGCCUGUCAUUGUUUGACUGCAAAAUGUCAGAGAUCAGUUGGGCUUCUCUGGGCUCAGCUCUGAAGUCUAAAGCAUCACAUCUGACAGAGCUGGACCUAAGUGGAACUGAUCUGAACCCUGGAAUGAAUGAGCUCAGUGGGUUUCUCCAGUCUCCCAUCUGCAAACUACAGACCUUGAGAUUGUUUGACUGCAAAUUCUCAGACAGAGGCUGGGCUUUUCUAGGCUCAGCUCUGAAGUCUAAUCCAUCACAUCUGACAGAACUGGACCUGUGCAGAACCAACCUGAACAUUGGAAUGCAGGAGCUCAGAGGGUUCCUCCUAUCUCCCCUCUGCAAAAUACAGACACUACGAUUGGAGGGCUGCCGUUUGUGUGAAACCAAAUUAGCUUCUCUGGGCUCAGCUCUGAAGACUAAUCCAUCCCAUCUAACAGAACUGGACCUGAGUGGAACCUACCUGAACACUCGAAUGAAGGAGCUCAGGGGGUUUCUCCAUUCUCCCCUCUGCAAACUGCAGACACUGAAAUUGAUUGGCUGCCAAUUGACAGAGAUCGGCUGUGCUUGCCUGGUCUCAUUUCUAAAAUCAAACCCCUCACAUCUGGAAUACCUUGACCUGAGUAAGAACAACCUGAAGCAGUCAGAUGUUCAGCAGCUGCAGGAUCUGGUAGAGAGUCCAGACUACAAACUGAAGACUCUGUUGUGGAGCUGGUUAUCCUAGUAGAAGAGAGAAGCUGAUCUGUGUCCUGUUGAUCCACAGACAUUGAAGCUGAAGCAGUUUGAGUUUAGAGACUCUAACUGGAUCCUGAUGAUGAACUCUGAGUUUCCAGAUUUUUCUGUUCUUAUUUUGAUCCUGUCUGUCAUAUAGGUGUUGAUAUUGUUUUUCUCUUUGGAACAAUGAAGAUAAAAUUCAAACUAAGCUCCUCCAGUUAGUGGCUUCAUGUAGGUUUGAUCUGAAUCUGAUCAAACUUUAACUGGGUUGACCUUUUUACUCUCCAAUUCAUCUUCAGCCUAUAAUGCAGAAAUCUGAAAUAAAGCUCAAUUUUGACGUU